AUGGCUGAGGAGGAGGAGGCUCUGACCCAGGCGGGACCCAACCUCUCCACCGGGGCCCUCCAUCCUGCUCCUCCCUCCAACUUCUCCCCAGGGCCAGGGACGGACCCGGCGAGGGUCCCGACGCCGGCGGCGCCCGCCCUCCUCCUCCUCCUGCUGCUGCUGUUCUCCCUGGCGGGCAACGCUCUCCUUCUGGGCCGCCUGCGCUGCGGAGGGCUCUUCUGCUGCUGCCGCUGCCGCCGGGGCCCCCGUCGGAAGAUGGACUUCUUCCUGGCCCACCUGGCGCUGGCCGACCUCUACGGCUCCGGGGCCCUGCUGCUCCUGCUCUCCUUGCCCCCCGAGGGCUCCUCCGAGGCCUCCUGCCGGCUCCUGAGGCUGCUCCGAGGCUCCGGGAGGCUGGCCCCUUCCCACCUGGUCCUCCUCCUGGCCCUGGAGCGCCGCAGCCUCCUCCUCCUCCGCAGCCCCUCCGCCACGGCCUCCCCCUUCCUCCGCCUGCCGCCCCGAGGGGCCCUGGCCGGGCUGGGCUGGCUGCUGGCCCUCCUGCUGGCCCUCCCCGAGGCCUUCGCCUUCCGGCUCCUGGGCGGCCGCUGCCUCAGCGUCUUCCCCGCAAAGCCCCGCUGGCAAGGGGCGGCCUACGCCGUCUAUGGGGCGCUGACCGGCUUCGUGGCCCCCGCCUGCCUCCUGGGCUUCCUCUGCGGGGGCCUCCUGUGGGCCCUCGGGAGAAAGGAGGCCGAGGAGGAGGCGGAGGGCGAAGGGCAGCGGCGGGAGCCCUCCGGGGAGGCGGCCAGGUGCUGCUCCGCCUGGCCCCCGCGGAGCCGGGCGAUACAGCUGGCCCUGGCCCUGGCCGCCCUCUUCGCCCUCUGCGGCUUCCCGCGCUUCCUCCUCGAAGUGGCCUCGUUCCCCGACGGAGCCUCGAGGGCGGCGGUGGCGGAGGACUUCCUGUCGGCCUCCCAAGCCGCCCUCAACCCCUGCCUCUGCCUGCUCUUCCGCGGGCGCCGCCGGAGCUUCCUCUGCCCCUGCCCAGCCCCCAGGGCCCAGCCCCGGCGGCAGCAGCAGCGGAGGAGGAGGAGGGCCAGGCCUCGGACCCCGUCGCCUCAGCCUCCGGCGGCCCUCCCGAAGGCUCCCCGAGGGCUGUGUCCCUGCCAAGCCCAGCCCGAGGAAGAGGAACGCAGCCCCGACGCCCAGGAGCCCGGCUCCAGUCCCUUCUGAGCAGCCCAAGACUGGAGGCUGAGAGAGUGUGACCUGACCAAGGCUCGAUGGAGCUGAGCGUUUGGAGAGCCAGCUUUGGGAUUGGAAACCUUUGAGAUUUGGAGUUUUUUCUUGGCAAGACUUUGUCCCCUUGUGGCCCCUCUGAGGCUGAGAGAGUGUGACUUGCCCCCAGGGUUAGAUGGAGCUGAAAGUCUGGAGGGCCAGCUUUGGGAUUCAAACCUUGUGGGAUUCUGAGCUUUUUCUUGACAAGACUUCAUCCCCUUUUAACUUCUUCUGAAGCUGAGAGAGUGUGGGAGGCUCAGGGUUAGAUGGCGCUGAGGCCAAGUUUGGGAUUUGAACUCUGUGGGAUUUGGAGUCUUUUCUUGUCAAGAUUUCGUUCCCAUUUGAGCUCCUUGGAGGCUGAGAGAGUGUGACUUGCCCAGGGUCAGAUGGAGCAGAGAUUUGGGAUUGGGACCCUGGGUUGGCAGCUUGAAGCAGAAGGACCGCAAAGGAGGACAAGGCACUGCACAAUGUAGGACGUCAAGGGGAAAAGUGGAGGGCAUGAUGACCAAAUGGAAGCCGAAAACACCAGUGUAAAUGUACAAUCAUGGUUCUUAGUCGUGGCCAGGAUGGAGGACUUUUUGGCAUUUCUCCUGGACAGAAGGGUGACAUGUAGGACAGGGUUCUGGAAAAAAGAGGAUGCCUGGCCACUGCAGCUUAAAGGCAACCUGAGCCCUUUUCUCACAAUGGUUGUUAUCACACAGUGACCUAUGUGCUGUCAUCCCAAAAAUGUGUCCCCAGGAGCUUGUCCUAAAUCUUUUUUAAUUUCUAAAAUAAUAGUUGAGUCUGGAGCUUGCCUCUGAUCAUACUUCGGUACCAGAAGACUGAGGACUGCUGGCUGCUCUUUAGUGUGGGAAAAGGAGCUCUGCACAUGCUCAAAAGAACUCUCUUUAUUAAUAUUUUAGCUUCCAGGGCAGAGCUUGGGGCUGUGGUGAACCUUGUUUAGUUUACAGUCAUAUGAAGAAGUCGCACAGUCUGUUUCAUGUCAAGGGAGAACAGAUGAGCCAAUGGAUAUAUAUAUAUAUAUAUAUAUAUGAUCUAGUUGUUAUUUUAAAUACUUGGUAUGCAGAUAUUUGUGGUUGUUGUGUGUCUUCAAGUCAUUUCCAGCUUACGGCAGCUCUAUCCUAGGGUUUCCUUGGCAA